AUGCUUACAAAUUGUAAUUCAAUGCAAUCAAUGUCAAGAUCAGCAGGCUAUGUAUUUAAUAUUGGUCUCCCCAGGAAUUUUGCAGACUUAAUACUCAACUUUGAAAUUGAGCUCGAUUUUAGCAUAACAGUUGAAAAAGUAUCUAGGCUGAUGGAAUUAUAUACUGUAAUUUUCACAUAGAAAGCUAUUGAAUAUUACGAAGCUGUCGGAGAUUUAAAAUUUAUUCAUUAUAGUGAAAGGCUUCGAAAGCUUAUGACCAGACCUGAAGUGUUGAAUUUAUUUCACCAAAAACCUAAAAUCAUUGAGAAAGCUCCUGAAGUUAAAAUUAAUUUAGUAAAGCAAGAAGAAAACCAUAAAGUUAAAAGGCCUCAGUCUGCAAAACAUAGGCCUGUCCUUGUAAAGAAAACUACAGAUGCUAUAACUUCUCACAGUAACGAAACUUCUUUAACAAGUAUACGAAUUAAAGAAAAUAUAAAAACCCAAGAAGGUGAUAGCUUAGAAAAGCGACUUGAAGAGAGGAGACGAAACACCGUGACUCAUCCAAAAAGAAGGUACUCAAAUCCUCAGCAGCAGCCUACAAAUAUUCAAAACAUACACAUUCUUGAGAAAAAAUAA